AUCACGGACCAAUCAGCAGAGCAACAAAACUUCAUCAGGUUGUAGAAAUGGACUCAGAGAACAUUAAUUUUGCUGCCCUCGGUCGUCCUUUCACCAUGGGGAUGCUCUACGAUGCUCGCAAAGAUGAGCUGAUUACAGGUCUGACACUGUGGCAUAGUAAAGAUCUUGAAGAGAAUACAGUUGAAACUCCUCACUCCACCAGUUCCUUUAAAGUCUCUGCAUCUGACUCAAUCGAGUCCAAGUCCUCUCUGAUGGAUAUCAACGCCUCUCUGGAGGCCAGCUUUAUGAGCGGAUUGGUUAAGGUUGAAGGGUCUGCCCAUUAUCUGAACAAUACAAAGAAGUUCAAGAAUCAGAGUCGGGUGAUCUGUCAGUACAAUGUUACCACCUGCUUCAAACAGCUGUCUCUGGCUGACUUGGGAACCCUGAAUAAAGAGCAGAUAGAACGUAUCAAGAAGGGCUUUGCAACACAUGUCGUCGCAGGCAUCCUCUACGGGGCAAAUGCUUUCUUUGUGUUUGACAGUGAGAAGCUUGACAGCAGCACCACACAGGAGAUCCAGGGCAGUAUGGAAGCUGUGAUAAAGAAGAUACCCUCUUUCGACGUUGGGGGCAAGGUUGACAUCAAGCUGACUGAUGAAGAAAAGAAACUGACUAAUAAAUUCUCCUGCAAAUUCUAUGGAGACCUUACUCUUGAAAGCAACCCUACAACAUUUGAAGAGGCAGUGAAUACAUAUGCAGAACUUCCAAAGCUGAUAAGAGAAAAGAAAGAGAACUGCAUUCCUCAGAAGGUCUGGCUGUUGCCACUGAAGGAUCUGGAGUCCAGUGCUGCCCAGCUGCAGUGUGAGAUCAGUCAGGAACUCUUAAGGGAGGUGCAGGACGCCCUGGAAGAUUUGACACAAGUAGGAAUGAGGGUUAAUGAGGCUAUGGAUGAUGAAGAUGUUAAGCGCUUUCCACCAAUUCAAGGGAAGUUACACCGUUUCCAAAACCUGUGUGAUUCAUAUGUGUCUGACAUCAAGAGGGUGUUUGCAGAGAAACUGCCCCUCAUACGUGAAGGUGAAGAAGAUGAGAAAUCAGUAAAGCAAAUGUUGGAAGACAGAGCAAAGUCCCCCUUCAGUCAUGAACGUCUCAGCAAGUGGAUGGACGGUAAGGAGAAAGAAAUCAAUGUCAUCAAGUUCUGCCUGGCCAUCAUGAAGGGAGCCAAACCAGAGAUCAAAGUUGUCCCAAAUCAAUCUGCUGUUGAAAAAGCGGUUCUCAAGGCUGGUAGUCAGGAGGCCCUGUGUUAUGUUUUCACAUCUCUGCACAGCCCUGACUCUGGCCUUGAGGCAAUAGCCGACUUCUUGGAUUCAGCUGAAAAAGAAAAUGCAGAAGAGGACCCCUGGUACUAUUCAGAAACAGUGGUUAGAAGGAUGAGGAGUAUGGCCAGGUUUUUUAAGAGUGUGCAGUUUCCUGACAACUACAGCAUCCUUCUGAUAACAUCUAUAGCAGAUGAGAACCACAAAGGAGCAACCAUCUACAGGCUCAAAGAAGGCAUCCUGAAACCAGAGCCUGAAAAGCGUGAUUUGGCUGAUGUAAACAACAGAGGAGACUUCGCCAUGUACUUCAUUGAUGUCACCCUGGACCCGGACACAGCAAACCAGAAUCUCACUGUGGAUCAGAGGGUGGAACGCAGUGAGGCUAGAUAUGGACCAGCUCAGAUGUAUCGGGACCUGCCUCAGAGAUUUGAUGAUCUUCCUCAGAUUUUGUGUAAGGAGGGGCUGACUGGGUGCUGUUACUGGGAGGUGGGCGUGCACCCUGGUAUGGAAAACACUUCAGUAGGUGUUUGCUACAAAGGGAUCCCCAGGAAAGGGGAAGGAGAUGAUGCCAAGCUCGGGAAAGUCAAAGAGGAGCUCCAGCAGAUGGAAAGUCUGGGUGUCAUCAGUCGAGUGAGUGGGCCGACAGACUGGUGCGCAGGCAUGGUGGUUGCACCUAAGAAGGACAGCAAAAAGGUUUGUUUGUGCGUGGACCUCACAGGAAUAAACCAGUACGUAUGCCGUGAAAAGUUCAUCCCGCCAUCAGUUGAACAAAGCCUUGGGACACUUGCAGGAGCAAAACUGUUCAGCAAACUUGAUGCCAAUAUGGGCUUCUGGCAAAUUCCACUUUCUGAGGAGUCUGCAAAGAACACAACGUUUAUCACGCUCUUUGGGAGGUUCCACUUUAACCGUUUACCUUUCGGUAUAGCCUCAGCACCUGAACACUUCCAGUGCAUGAUGGCUGAGGUUACUGAAGGACUGGACGGCGUGGUUUGCCACAUCGAUGAUCUUCUGGUGUGGGGGCGUGACCAGGAAGAGCAUGAUGCUCGACUACACGCAGUUCUCAAAAGCUUGGAAAAAGCAGGUAUUACACUGAACAUGAGCAAAUGUGAACUCUCCAAAAGUGAGGUGGUCUUCCUGGGCCACGUUAUCUCAGCUGCUGGUAUCCGCCCUGACCCAAGGAAAACGGAGGCUAUCAUGGAGUUGAAGGAGCCUUCAAACGUGAGCGAGGUGAGGAGUUUUCUUGGAAUGGUCAACCAGCUUGGAAAGUUUACUCCACAGCUGGCGGAGAAAGACAAGCCCCUCUGCAACCUCCUGUCAAAGAAAAAUUGCUGGGUCUGGGAGACAGAUCAGGCUAGAGCAUUUGAAACGUUGAAGAAAGCCCUAUCUUCACCACCAGUGCUUGCUAUGUACGACCCGAACAGAGACACUAAGGUUUCAAAGACGAUGGCAUCCCUCUACACCGACGUUGAGGUCCAUCAGGACCAAAACCUACUGCCACAAGAACAGUUUCUUCCUCUCUGCUAUCAAACUAAUGAACAGUACCCUGGCCCUCCCCCCAGAGACUCGCACUGA